AUGUCGCAGCACGCUGGGCCUUCCGGCUCCGCGGCCCAUCGCUUCCAGGAACGGCGACAGGAGCGCAUGAGGGGAGCAGGGUGAGUGUGGCUUUUCUGAGCAGGUUGCGAACCCUUCUGACUACCUCGGUCCCUUCGGACAGCACACAACGCGUCGAGCAACGACCCUUCACUUUCUCGAAAGGACCACGCGCAAGCACAAGGGCAGCUACGGCAGCAAGAUCCAGCACAGCCCAGAAGGCCUCUUCUUCUUCGAGCGCCCGAGACGCUGUGCAAACACCUCGGCGAGCCGAUGCAGAUGCACCGCAAGCUCCACUCAGGAGUGCGAUGAGGGGUGGCAGGGAGAAGGCCGCAACGGCGAGGCCAAGUGUAGCGCUUGUUGGCGCAGCAGAGCAGAGCAUGGGAGAUGGAGAAGUUCACGGCACUAGGCGCACCAUCGAAGGAGCAGAUCGUACUGCUGGCGCCUCGAGACGAAGCAGCGUCAACUUCAUUCAAUCUGCCCUCAAGGGUAGAAAUCAAGGCCUGGCAGCUUCUGCUUCGCAAUCGAAUGCCCGAGCACCGACAACGAGCACACCUUUCAGAGCUCGCGUCUCCAGCUCUACGGCGAGCUCUCGCUCGAGAGAAGACGACGAAGCAAGCGUCCCCUCGGACGAGGAUGACCUUCUUGGCGGACCGGAGACAGCUAGUUUUACGGCGGACGACCAGAUGCCCUAUAUUGCAUCGCCGGAGCUGGAUGCGCAUGUAGACUCGCCAGGAGUCAGCGCUGCCGCUCGAGUGAUGGAGGCGCGCAAACGCAAAAGACAAGCCAGUCCAGGCACAGUCAGAAAGGUGCAGUCUCAGCUGUCCUUCUCGAAAGCUUCGACGCGUUCCGCUGCUCGUGCAAAAGGAACUGCAGCCAGAAAGGCCGAAACAAAGGGUGGCAGGGCAAAAGGAAGACCUCCAAAGUCUAGCAAGUCUCGUGCGCCAUCGCGUAAAGAGCUCGAAGCAGAGGAUUUAGACGCGUCUUUGACUGCUGCAGACCUCACAUUGGCUUCGGCGCGUGGGCAGCUGGCGGGUGCGAGCUCAAAUCGAUCAGAGCCGACGGCUGCAGAGCGAAGAGCAAUGAAGAAGAAGCUACGAAGCGUCGUCAGAUUGGCCCUUGGCAGCAGCAAGAGUAAGGGUGGUAGCGCGCCCACGGACGUAGAUGUGCUGUGGUCAAUUGUGGAACGACAUUUGCGUGAUGCCACGUGAGUACAGCCCUGUGGACGACAUGUCAAAUGCAUCGCCAGCCUGACGUUGCCCAGCUUCGUGGCGUGGGCGUUUGCAGAGAUGCUCAGCCGCAAGCGCCGAUUGCCAAAGCACUGAAGACGAUACGCAGAUCGGCCAGAACGCUCUUUGCGACGCUCUCGGAGCGCGCGAUGGAAAGAAGUACGCUUCUCAGACAAUUGAGCACCGCACGGAGACGCAAAAGAAUUUUGCGAAAGGAGGUCUUUGACCAACGAACGGAGCUGCUCGAGACGAAACGCGAGGUGGAUCGACUUGACAAGGAAGAGAGAAAGGUCAAGGAAGAAGCACAGGUGAGUGACUGAACUCUGUCCAGCCGUAGUCCGCUUCGCUCGCUCACUGGACCUGCGUCCUGCCCACGUCAGCGUACUGAACGCCUCAAAAAGUAUUUAGCUGAUCUUCGAGCGGCCUCGAAGGAAUGGACCUAG